UGUCCCUGUGCUCUGUGUGGCAGGAGCCCUCUGGUGGCCGGCGUGGCAAGGCCUGGCAUUAUUCGUAUCCUUCCAAGGACGACAAAAUCACCGUGGUUUGCCUCGAGUGCCCAGCGUGUCACGACCAGCAUGGUGUGAACGGUGCCCGGGGACCAUGUGGUGUAGGGAGCACAAUGGGUGAUAGACAGCGUAAUUUUGCGCAGUAUGCAACAGCUCUGAACCAGUUUGCAACCUUCAACAAUGAGAGUGGAGGCGGGGAGCGGGGCGGGAGGGAUCGGGGGGAGGGCGGGGCAGCUGUCGGGGCGGGCGGCGGGGCAGGGGGCGGCGGCGCGGCUGGCAACGCUGCGCUGUGGGGUGAACUGAGCCGGUCUCUGCAGUACAACAACUACCCCGGCUUUGGCUCGGCUUGGCAAGGCGGGGGAGCGGGAGACAUGCGGCUCUACGGGUACGGGGGCUACGGGGGCGAGGGUCAGGUGGACGGGCGGGGCGAGCCUGGACGACCUGAGGGGCGGCGCGUGCCCAGCAAGGGGGAGACCAAGGCCACGCCCCCCCUGCCCCCCAGCAUGGCACCCGGCGUGGGCUCCGCCUUGGCCUCGCUGCAGCAGCUGGUGGGGGGCGGCGACCCCGCCACCAUGUACAGCCUGCUGGCGGCACGUCAGUACGCAGCGGCGGCGGCGGCUCUGGGAGGCCUGCCCAACCCCUCCGCCUCGCUGCGCCCCGCCGCCCCGCCCCUGCCGCCCCACCACCAGCAGCAACAACAGCAACAGCAACAACAACAGCAGCAACAACAGCAGCAACAACAACAACAACAACAACAACAACAACAACAACAACAGUACCGGCGGCAGCAACAACAACAGCAGCAGCAGCAGCAGCAGCACCUGCACCACCAGCACCACCAGGCGGCGGCGCUGGUGUCUGCUGCCACAGCGGGGCUCAACGGUGAGGGCCUGGCCCUGCACGGGGCGGGGCGGCUGGGGCAGCAGCAACAGCCUUCUCCCCAGGGCCGCAAGGGUGAGCCGCUGCCGUCCCCUGGCCGCAGCGCCCGGCCCCGCCCCCCCUCUGCCAGCCUGGCCACCGAGGCACCCCCUGUGGCAGCGGCCAAGGGUAAGGAGGGGCCGGAGGGCAGCGAGGCGGCUGGCGAGGGUGGCGGCGAGGGGCGGGGGCGGGGCCAGAGUGGCAGCGAGAGUGAGGGUGACCAGCGGAGCCGCCACCGCCGCAAGCAGGAGCAGCCCCGCCGCCAGACUGUGAUCUACCCCGUGGCAGCCCCUGGGGCAGCCCCCAGCGGCUCUGCACCCCCGCCACCGGGGGACUCCAGCUCCGAUGACUCGCAGGGCUACGAUGUGCUGCUGACCCGGGCCGGGCCAGAGCAGCGGGGCAGCCCCGCCGACUCCUUGCGCAGCAACUCCCCCGCUGACGUGGCCCUGCGCCACGCCCUGCCCCGCGAGCCCUUCCCCGGGGGCGGCGGCAUGAGCCAGGCCAUGAGCCACGCGCUGGCCCACCCCUUCCUGGCCGCCCACCUCAACACCUCCCAGCUGCUGCAGGUGGCGCCCCCUGCUGCCCCCCCUCCCCCCCACACCAUCAAGGAUGGCACCUCUUCCCCUGCCCCGCCCCCCCACCCCCUGCCCCAGCUACAGGUGAGGACUGACCUGCUGGAGCCCCACCCCCCUAAGGAACUGCCCCGCCCCCUGUCCCACCCGCCCCUCGGCCUGCCGGAGGUGGAGGUGACCCGUGUCAGGACGCCGCCCACCGACCGCCGCCGCCGCCCCAUGCCCCUCAUGCCCCUGCUGCCGGGGGAUCUUGGCGCUCCAGAGCCCAUCCCCGCCAGCAGCCCCGCACCGGUCAACGGCGUCACAGUGGUGGGGGAGGAGGCAGGAGGAAGCCCCGGUGCCCCGCCUCCCCAGGACUACUUUAAUGGUGACCACGAUAUGUUUGACGCGCCGCGGCACGGCGGGGGCAGUGGUUGCGGAGGUGGUGCCACUAAUGGUGGUGGUGGUGGUGGUGGUGGUGGUAAGAAGCGUAAGUGUGAGGGUGGGUCCCCCGUGGCGGGGCCUGGGGCGGGUGGGGAGGGCGAGUGUGCCGCGCUGGAGUGCAUGGGUGGCGAGGACACCAAGCGGCGCACCACGCGGCAGAAGCGCGCCGUGAGCUAUGUGGAGGACGGCACCGACCCCGUGCUGGAGACCAACGAGGACAGCCUGGAUGGGGCGCCGGCACGCAAGCGGGGCCGCCCCGCCUCCCCGACCACCACGUCCCCCACACUGCUGGAGCCCCCCCUGGCCUCGCCUACUGGUGGCAGGCGGGGCCGUGGCGCCAUGCGUGGGGCUCCACGGGGCCGGGGUCGGGGCGGAGCCGAUGUGCCGCCCCUCACGGAGCCGCUACAUGUGGACACUGGCGAGCUGGACCUGCGGGUGCCGGGGCCGCCGCCCCCGGCCCCGUCCUCCUUCAGCCCCGAUGUAUAUGACUUCAACGACACGGACGGUGAGGGCGCGGGGCGGGGCAGGCGGGGCCGGCGAGGCAGAAAGAAAGGCAGCAGCCCCAGGAAGAGCUCCAAGUCCCCCAUGGAGGCGGCCAAGGCGGCCCUCAGCCCUCGUCCCCGGGAGCAGGCCGCCCUCAAGUCCCCGAGGUCACCCAAAUUUUUCUCCACCUCCCGUAGUCCCGGGGGGGAGCGGGGCAAGGACUGGCCCCGUGCCCCCUCUCCCUCCCCCAGGGACCAGCCCCAGGCCCUGGGAGAUGCCGCAAAUUCCUUCCCCGACAACCCUGCCACGCCCGGCGGUGCGCUUGAUUCAGCCGCGGAGGGGCGGGACACAGCGCUGACCACAGAUGGGGCGGCGGCGGGGCAGGAGCAUUCCGAGGUAGAGGAGUCCGCUGUUGACGGGGCGGGAGGCGUGGUGUCCCCGAGGAGGAGCAGCCGACGGACCCGAGACCUGCCCCCUUCCCCUCCCCCCCAGCCUCCUCCCCCACCCCCCCAGCCACUCAUCCCCAGGACCAACACACCUUUCUCAGGUGCCCCAGGUGGGGCAACCCCCCCCUCAGGCAGUGGCCAGCCCCCCCUCCCCGGGGCAGACUCCCCCUCGGCAGCUUGUGAGGCCCAGCCACCCGGCGGGGCGGAGGAUUCCUCUGCACUGGCCUCCCCCGGCAGCAGGAUGAGGACACGGGGCAUGCGGGGCGGGGACGCCGCCCCGCAGGACCACCACCAACAGCAACAGUCUCCAGAGCCCCCACGGGAAACACAGUCCCCAGCCCCACUGGGCUCCAGUGUGGCCCCAGACCCCCAGGGUGCCCCGCCAGCAGCAGCAGCAGCAGCAGAGGGUGAGUGUGAGGUGCCUGGAGGUCCGGGGGUGGUGGGCGAGGGGCGGGUGGCAGGAGCCAAGGGGCGGGGCAAGGGCAAGGGCAAGGGUAAGGGUAAGGGCAGGAAGGCGUGUGGGCGGGGCCGCGGGGCAGCAGUGCUUCCAUCACCAACACAACAGUGUCAUGCAGUACCUGAGGCUGUACCCCAGGCCAGCCCCGCACCCCCGCCCCACGCCCCGGCCCCUGACCCCGUCCCUGCCCUGGCCCCGGCCCCUGCCCCGCCCCACACCCCUCCCACCCCCGCUUUGCCCCUCCAUGAGCAGGAUUCUCAGCACAAGGGCGGGGCCGAGAGCCAGGAGGCCCUACACACCCUAAAGAUGGAGUGCAGCAGCCCUGACCACACGGGGGAGGGCGGGGCGUCUGUGAUAGUCCCUGGUGGGUGGGAGAUGGAGCCCCGGGGCCGCCGCCUCCGGACGCGCCCGACCCCUCCCAAACAGGAGGCCAAGUGUGAGGCAGCACAAGCUCCGCCCCCGGCCCCUGCCCCGGCCCCAACCCAGAGCCCCGCCCCAGCACCCCCCAAGGUGGAGCCAUGUGACCCCAAGCUGGAGCCACCGGAGAACAAGUGUGACCUGGGGCCAAGCCUCGUAGUGGACAGACUAGAGGUGAAGCCCCUUGGGGCGCAGGCCCAGAUGGCCCCACCCUCCACAGGGGCGCCGCCAGCUGCCCCACCCAGCACAAACAUGACCACUCAGGAACAUGCACACCCCACCCCCGAGGCCCCAACCCCCACCCCCGACCCACCCCAGGCCGGGGCUUCAGCUCCAGCCCCGAGCGAAGCUGAUGUAGACGCCGAGACGGUGGAAAACAUCGCCCGCUUCCUGGAGGAGACGGCCCCGACCACGGCCGGCACCGGCAGUGGGGCGGACGGGGCGGAGGAGACAGCGGCGGCAGCAGCAGAAGGCGAAAGCUACGCAGAGCGGCGUCCCAAGCGUUCAUCACGGCCGGCCCGGCGCGUGGAGGACGGGGAGAUGACGGACCUGCUGCUGCUGCUGCACCUGGAGGACGAGGAAAGCGAGGACGAGGACUACGUGCCGGGGCAGCGCGGCGGCCAGGACGACAGCGCCGCUGACACCGACGGUGACGGCGACGACGACUCCGACGACGGUGAGGAGGACACCACCAGCGAGGAGGACGACCUCAGCCCCGGCCCCUGCCUGGACGCCGACCCGGCCCCAGUACAGCGGGCGGCCAAAGGCCCCGCCAAGCACAAGGGUCUGAAGAAGAGUGGCAAGAAGGCCAAGGGUGACACUGGGGCCAAGAAGGGCAAGGCGGCCAAGAUGAAGGGCCGUGGCGGCAGCGGCAGCAAGGGCCGCAGUGAGGAAGCCGAGGCGGCUGGACUGCGGCGACGUGUGGCGGCAGCAGCAGCGGAGCGGAGAAGCGAGCGCGGCCCCAUGGUGCGCCUGAGAAGCGAUGGCAGCGGCCGCGAGGCGGUGGUGAACACGUGGCGCCGCGCCGAGGACGAAGAAGCCGGGGGCAGUGGCGGCGGCAGCGGCGGGGCGGGCGGGGGCAGCGGGGCGGGCAGCAGCGUGCCGUUCUACUGUAAGAUGGAGGCGCGGCAGAAGGCGGCCAAGGUGGGCUACACCAGCACGCUGCACACAAACUACGACGCCUUCGUCAAGGACACCAGCUGGUACUGUGCCUUCUGCCGCCACUACAGCCACGCCAUCACCCUGGGGGACCUCUACGGACCCUACUUCAUCCACGCCGCCGCGGCCAUCACCAAGAAGGCCGUGCCCAACGUGGUGGAGGGCCAAGUGGUGGACGCCAACGCCCCAAGUAACAGCGCAGCCCCCGCCCACCCCCCGCAAGGCCCCAACACUGCCCCGCCCCAAGACGCAGCCUCCUCCUCCUCAUCCUCCUCCGCCAGGGUGAAGAAGAGGGCGCAGCGCAGGGAGUCAGCCUCAGACGCACCCCCAGCCAAGUUGGAUCUUGGCAGCUCUUCCCCACCUUGGAGGUUUGUUCCGGCCGCCACCCCCGCCCGGAUGCUGGGACGCAGUGCAACAGGACCCAACUCAACCACAACCACCACCACCACCACCACCGCCACCACCACCGCCGCCUCCACUUCCAUCCCCCCUAACUCAACCCCAACCAUAAACACCACCACCACAACCACCACUACCACCACCACAACCGGAGGAGCCCCCAUCCCACACCACACAGAACCCCACGCCACCGCCGCCACUACAAAGGAAGGCAGCAGCGGCACCGGGAGCAGCUCGGGCGCGGUUCAGCCCUCGGGAACUGAGUGCUGGGUGCAUGAGGUGUGCCUGGUGUGGGCGCCCGGUGUCCACGUCAGCAACAGCAAGCUAUGUGGACUGGAGGAAGCUGUUACCUUAGCUCAGGAUAGUGUCUGCCACCACUGCCACGAGGCGGGGGCCACUGUGGGGUGCUUAGGGAAGGGCUGUCCGCUGUUGGUGCAUGUGCCCUGCGCCAGACAGCUGCUGUGGACCCUGGACCUGCACACCUUCAAGUCUCUGUGCCCUAAACACAAUACGCUGUCAAAAUAGUGCAGGAGCGACGGUGAGCGGCCAGUCAACGCAGCAGCAGCAGCAGCGGCGGCGGCGGACCGAUCCCUCCCUCCCUGCGACGCCAAGAUACAAAACGUCGAAAAAUCUCAUUUUAUUUUCAAGUGUAAUAUAUUGUACAGAUAUUGUUUUGUAUUUUUGUCCAUUAUACAGUAAUAAUAUUGUAUGUUUUAUGCAAGGAAGACCAAGCGUUGCAAAAUUUUACCAAGUCGUAAAUGUCAUUAUUAAAAAAGAUGAAGAAACGGA